GCUUGAAUCCAUUUUGACAGCUCGCGCGUUCUUAGCCAUUGGAAGCGUUGUGACAAGACGAGAAUGGCCAAGGAGAUCAAAAAGUCAAACAUCUACACCAAGACGGGCGACCAAGGGACGUCCAGCUUGUACACGGGCGAGCGACGUACCAAAGCGCACGCCAUCUUCAACGCGCUGGGCGACGUGGACGAGCUCAACUCUGCGCUGGGACUCGCGCGCGCCUAUUGCGUAGUGCCGUCCACGGGUAGUACUGGGACUACUGAUAGUGCUGCUGCUACUUGUACUACAGCAGUGACUGGAUCGGGCGCAGAGUCAAGGAAGGGCCAACUCGUGCCGCUGAUCGAAGACAUUCAGUGCGCACUGCUCGAGAUUGGGUCGUCGAUUGGAACCCCGCGAACGUGGAAGGCACCCCAAGACGAGUCAGACACGACGCCUGCAGACCAAGGCGUUGCCGCUGCUGGUGAUGACGAGGAAGAUCCGGAAGAGGCGGCGAAGCGAGCGCGCAUGCUUGCGAGCACGGCUUUCGACGCUGAAGGUGUCCGAUUGGCAGCACUGGAGCACGCCAUCGAUCUCUACGACAGCCUCUUGCCAAGAUUGACCAAUUUCAUUCUCCCCUCGGGCGGAUUGGCCAGCUCGCACCUGCACCUAGCGCGCUCGAUCUGCCGCCGUGCAGAACGCGCAGUCGUGCCUCUGUUGCAGAGCGGUGCCGGCGAGAAAUCGGUCGGCAAGUAUCUCAACCGCCUCAGCGACUUUUUGUUUGUUGCGGCGCGCUUUGCAGCCCAGCAAGACGGCCAGACCGAGGUUGUUUUCCGCGCUGCUGCCGCUGCAGCUACUGCUGCUGCUACUACUGCGACAGCUGCUGCAGGCAAGCGGGAGCCUCACGAGCGGUCUCUGGCAUGAGUAAUUUUGUGAAUUUGGGGCUUUUUUUCUUCGUUCUUUUUGCUCCAUCUCCUGCCCUGUGCUCUGCUGUACCGUGUUUGAUGAUCCGCACAUGCAUGUUGCCUCUGUGUGAUCUCUCUCUCUCUCUCUCUCUCUUUGUUUUCAUUUCAGAUCAAAAACAAUCCGAAUAAAAAUAUUCCAG